AUGGACAACAACAUAAGGUUCACUCUUGCAAAUACUAGCUCAAAUCGUUGGCUCACUAUAAGACUGGAAACUCUUGGUGGUGUCAUGAUUUGGUUAACUGCAACUUUCGCGGUUCUGAGAAAUGGGAAUGCAGAGAACCAAGCUGGUUUUGCAUCUACUAUGGGUCUCCUUCUUAGCUACACUCUGAAUAUCACUUCUCUGUUAAGUGGUGUUCUAAGGCAAGCUAGCAGAGCAGAGAACAGCUUGAAUUCUGUUGAGCGUGUCGGUAACUACAUUGAUCUGCCUUCUGAGGCUGCAGAUAUAAUCGAGAACAACCGUCCAGUAUCUGGCUGGCCUUCAAGAGGAUCAAUUAAGUUUGAAGAUGUUUACCUGCGUUAUAGAACAGGGCUUCCUCCAGUACUGCAUGGACUGUCCUUUUCUGUUUCUCCCAAUGAGAAAGUAGGAGUGGUGGGAAGAACUGGUGCAGGGAAGUCUUCUAUGUUGAAUGCACUGUUUCGGAUUGUGGAAGUGGAAAAGGGAAGGAUCAUGAUUGAUGAUUAUGAUGUUGCUAAGUUCGGACUGAUGGAUUUGCGCAGGGUUCUAAGUAUCAUACCACAGUCACCAGUUCUUUUCUCAGGGACGGUGAGAUUCAACAUUGACCCAUUUAGUGACCACAAUGAUGCUGACCUGUGGGAGGCUCUACAAAGAGCGCAUAUAAAAGAUGUCAUCACCAGGAAUCCAUUUGGCCUAGAUGCAGAGGUCUCUGAGGGAGGUGAGAAUUUCAGCGUGGGGCAAAGGCAACUUCUGAGUCUAGCGCGUGCGUUGUUAAGAAGAUCUAAGAUCCUUGUUCUAGAUGAAGCAACUGCAUCUGUUGAUGUCAGAACAGAUUCUUUAAUACAGAAGACCAUCCGUGAGGAAUUCAAGUCUUGCACAAUGCUUGUUAUCGCUCACAGAUUGAAUACCAUCAUCGACUGUGACAAGAUCCUUGUGCUUAGUUCUGGUCAGGUUUUGGAGUAUGAUAGUCCACAAGAACUGCUAUCAAGAGAUACAAGUGCCUUUUUUAGGAUGGUUCACAGCACCGGACCAGCAAAUGCUCAGUACCUUUGUAACUUGGUCUCUGCAAGGAGAGUGAAUGGAAUGGGACUAGGUGGAUAG